AUGCAGAUUUAUCUGUUCAAUUUGUUGCUGUUGUUGUUGUGCUUCUCUGUGUCCAUAUCCACUAUAUCUAGUUUGAACUCUGAUGGGGUGGCAUUGUUGUCACUCUCCAAGCGUUGGACCUCUGUCCCUGCUUCCAUAUCCUCAAGCUGGAAUGCUUCUGAUUCCACUCCCUGCCAAUGGGUUGGGAUAGAAUGUGAUAAUGACCACAAUGUGGUUUCCCUGAAGCUCACUGGUUAUGGAAUUUCUGGUCAAUUGGGACUUGAAAUUAGCAGAUUUAGGUACUUGAAGAUUCUUGAUUUGAGUGUGAACAAAUUUUCUGGCAAAAUUCCAACAGAAUUGGCCAAUUGUAGUCUUCUUGAAAACUUGGACUUGUAUGAAAAUGGCUUUUCUGGUGAAAUUCCUGAAUCCUUGUUUGCAAUUCCUACCUUAGCUUAUGUACAUCUGUAUGGUAACCGUUUGAAUGGUUCCAUCCCUGGAAAUGUUGGGAAUCUGAGUGAGCUUGUGCAUCUGGAUUUAUAUGAGAAUCAGUUUUCAGGAGUGAUUCCUUCAUCCAUUGGAAACUGUAGUAAAUUGGAGGACUUGUAUUUGGCUGAGAACCAGUUGAUAGGAGAACUUCCUAAGAGUCUGAACAAGCUUGAGAACCUGGUAUAUCUAGAUGUGGCUAACAAUAGUCUUGAGGGUAGCAUCCCCUUGGGUUCAGCAAUUUAG